CUUUCCAGGCUGAAUUUGCCCAUGGCUUUCCUGAUGAAGAAGAAGAAAUUCAAGUUUCAGACAAGUUUCACUCUAGAAGAGCUGACUGCUGUCCCCUUUGUGAAUGGGGUUCUGUUCUGCAAAAUCAGGCUGCUAGAUGGAGGAGACUUUGCUAGCUUAUCUACCAGGGAGGAAGUUCAGGAAAACUGUGUCCGCUGGAAAAAGAAAUUCACCUUUGUGUGUAAAAUGAGUGCCAACCCAGCCACAGGACUCCUGGACCCCUGCAUCUGCCGAGUAUCUGUCCGUAAGGAGCUGAAGGGCGGAAAAACCUACUCAAAGCUGGGCUUUGCUGAUCUAAAUCUGGCAGAAUUUGCGGGCUCUGGAUCCACUGUCCGUUGCUGCUUGCUGGAAGGAUAUGAUACAAAGAACACCCGACAGGACAAUUCCAUACUAAAGGUCACAAUCGGAAUGUCCUUGCUCUCGGGGGACCCCUGCUUCAAAACGCCUCCUUCCACCGCCAAAUCCAUCACCAUACCGGGACAGGACUCUACCCUGCAGCUGACCUGUAAGGGCGAGGGAACCACCAGCAGCAGCAGCAGCAGUUCAGCCACGAUUGGCUCCCUGCGUCAGACCAAGCCAAGAGCUGCCAUUCUCAGCUCGGGUGUCCCAGAAGAACCGGAUCAGAACCUGUCCAGCCCAGAGGAAGUCUUCCACUCGGGGCACUCGCGAAACUCCAGCUAUGCCAGCCAGCAGUCCAAGAUCUCUGGUUACAGCACAGAGCACUCCCGUUCUUCUAGUAUGUCCGACCUGACCCAUCGCCGGAAUACUUCCACCAGCAGCAGUGCAUCUGGAGGGCUGAGUAUGACGGUGGAGUGUCCUGAGGGAGAGCGGGACCACAAACUUGAGAAGCCACCUCGCCCCCCCAGACCAGCCCUUCUGCUGGAUAGACCUUCCCGGAGGAAAAAGGAUUCAGUAGAGAGUCACCCAACCCGAGUGGAUGACACCAGGAUCGAUGCUGAUGAUAUAGUGGAGAAAAUAAUGCAGAGUCAGGACUUCACAGAUGUCAGCAAUACUGAAGACAGUAACCUGAGGUUGUUUGUGAGCAGAGAUGGAACAACUACGUUGAGUGGUAUUCAGCUGGGAAACAGGGUCUCAUCUGGAGUUUACGAGCCAGUGGUGAUUGAAACCCACUAAAUGUGAAUGAAGAACAGGGUAGAGCUGCUGGAAACAGGCCCCCUACCCAGUCCGCUGCCACAUGGAUGCCAACCUUUACCUCUCUUCAUGCAGCAUUCCAGAAGGGAUUUCUCCACACCCCUCCCCAUACAUUUGCACUGCAGAACUACUCCGAGACCACUCCAGAUCACGCACUUUCCCUGCGUUGCCAUUACCCUUCUCCACUUCCCAGUUCUUCCAGUGCCUGCCUUCCCCCUGUUUCUGAUCAAACGCAAGGUGUCUGUUGGACUUAUCCUUUGUCCUAGAGGAUGUUGCUCAUCUGCAUCCCUCACUCCACCCACUCACUUGCAACAGGGGACUUCUCAGCUUCUGUCUCCCCAAAACGUUGGGUUAUACCACUGUGAACUCUUCAAACCACUGAGGGAGGGGGAAACCAUUCUAACCAAACUAAGAGCUGCUUGUUGGUGACA